AUGUUUCAUUUACCACCAUCGGAAACUCUAAGUGCGAGGGAUUAUAUCGAUAUUAUGGACGAUAUAAGUAACCUCGGGAUAGUCAAUCACUUGGAUAAUUUUGAAAGAAAAAAUACUCCAACAAUUGUCGUAUUCGGUGAUCAAUCAUGCGGUAAAAGUUCCCUCAUGCAAAGGUUUACCGGUGGCUUACCAGUCCCAAUUGGAACUUCGUUGUGCACAAGAGCGCCUUUCGAAAUACACAUGAUACAAUCCGGGGAGCCAAUACGUAAAAUCACUUUACGUUACAUAGAGGACAAAAAUCAUAGAUCGAUGACAUCGAGAGAGGUGGAAUUUGCCGAUCUAACCAAUUCGUAUAAAUCGGAAUUCGAAAAAAAAUUACGUGAUGCUCAACGUUAUGUACUAAACCCAAGUAUUAAAGAUAUCAAGUCGCGAUUGCCCGAACCAAAUAAUGAUGAGUUAUCUUUUACAAAAAAUGCCGUAUGUCUUACAAUUGGUGGACCCGCGCAAAAUUAUAAUUUUUCCUUGGUUGAUUUACCAGGUUUCGUGCGAAACGUUGAAUCGAACGAAAGUUUUAUAAUGUCCUUGGUGGAGGAAUAUAUUAAAAGAGACUCGGCAAUUCUAGUACCAAUAUUUCAAGCAACCGCCGAUAUUAGUACGCAAUGCGCGUUGCGACUUGCAUGUGAUGCAGAUCCGGAUGGUUUGCGUACCGUAUGUGCCUUGACAAAAAUUGAUCGUAUCAUGGAUUACCCAAAUGAUGACGAUAAGCAUUUGGAACUCGCUGAACUAGUAAAAAGUAAAGGAGAAUAUCAGUGUACAAAUGGUGUUUAUAUUAUAAGAAAUCGAUCUAGCAUAGAACCAGAAGAUUCGGAUGAUGCAUUGGAAAACGAGACGAUUAAGGAACUCAAAAAACACAAAGCUUGGAAAGAUGUACCAAUCAAUAUGUUUGGUUUACAAAAUUUGGUCAUGAAAUUAAUGGAAUUACAAGAACAGUGUCAUAAACGAUCUUGGCCAAGGAUACAACCCCAUUUGGAAGAUUGUAGAGAUGAUUUUGAGAAAAGGUUAAAUAACCUUCCGCAUAGAUCUAAUGAAAACCCAAUCAUACGUUUCUCGGAAUUAAUUGGAAUCUUUGAUAAAUCGUUCACCUCUCACGCAAAUGCCGAAAAUGUAGACCAUAAAUUAUAUCGUGGACAACAAUCGAACUUUGGUCAAUUUGAUCAAACAUUAUUAAAAACUCGUCCUAUAUAUAUACUCUCGUUUGACGGAGGAGAAACGAAUGCCGAAGUUUUUGAUCCCAUUAAGCCUGGUGCAUUACAAUGGAGGAAAGAAUUUUCAGCUGAAGAUUGGAAAGAAUUCGACUUUGACGAACAUGCCAGCGAUUCAAAAUAUUUGUGGACAAUGGAUCAACUUUAUGAAGUUGUGCAAGACCAACAAGGUGGACAAUUGGUUGGUUAUUUUCCAUAUAAAGCCGUAGUUUCUAUUGUUGGAAAACAUCAAACGGAUUGGCUUCCGAUUUCUAUCAAAUUAUUGAAUAAAAAUCACGAUUGGGUUGCUCGUUUUACUGAUGAGCUAAUAGAAGACACUUUUAAAGAAUUUCCGGAUGUUAUUGGAGAAAUCAAAAACGUUUUACAUGAUUUAUUAAGAAAGUGCAAAGAGGAAACAUCAAAACAUCUUAAAGAUCUUGAAGAGAUGGAGCAUAUUUCGGCUAGUAGGGCUCUUUAUGUAACUGAUGAAGCCACCCUUAUGAAAAAGCAAUCAGAGUAUUUUAUCAAGCUUCGAGUUUUGGCAGCAGGCACAAAACGAACGAAUCAAGACUUAAAAGCAGUUCUUGAAUUAGGGACUAAAUUGUUUGACAUGAUGUAUGAUAAUGACACUAAUAGAGAAGACUUUGAAAAAGUAAAAACCGAUUUAAUCGACUUAAUCGAUAUUAUUUCGCAGCGUGAAGGCAGAAAUAAUGAGUCAACUAAAAAAGUACUGGAAGAUAUAGAAAAACUGGAUCUUGCAACAGAAGCGCAGCAAUCAAAUGUUUCUAUGUCUGUGAUGUUGUCUAUAAAAAAUUCAUAUUUGGAUAGAUUUAUUCGUGUAAUUCCCGAAUCUGACAGUUCCAGAAAUCGUAGACCAGAACCGACAAAUCAAGCAGAUCAAACCAACAAAAUAGACUUGGAGAGUUUAUUAGGUGAAGAUCCAUCGGUCGCUAGUAAUCGCGCAGAAUGGCAAAAGAAUAUUAAUGCUCUUAAUGGUAUUAUUGAUCGAGUUCGAAGAGUCUCUGCAGGAAAAAUCCACCAUUUUAACUUCAUAUAA